CAUCUGUUUCUCUUAACAAGUACCCUGACAUUACUUCAGUUUACUCUCUCAUGGACUCUACAUUAGCUUACUUUAUUAUUCUGUUAACUUGGUUUUUUAUUGCUUGUUUUUAAAUGGAUGCUCUUUGAAACCUUUUCAACAAGAAAACACACACACACACACUCACACACAAGAAAGAAAGAAGCCGUGGUCAUAAGCAGAGCCUAGUGCUAUUACAUCUCUCCUUACAAAUAGGUCUUAGAUUUGAAUCCCCCUUCCCCAAAGUCAAAAUGAAAAAAAAAAUGCCAUUAUGCUUCUUACAGAAUGGAGCAAACCAAAACUAGUUUUGUAAUUUCAGGGCACAUGAGAAAAAUGCUAAUCAGGGGUAAAGUACAACUCUUAGCAAAAGUUGGAGGCUAAAGGGUAUCUUGUCCAAGUUAGUUUGAACUUCCUAGAAGUAAUAAAGAAAAUGUAAAAUGUGGUAAAUUAUUCAAAAUAAAUAAGGAAACAUAAGAUCAUUAGAUAUUAACCAAGAUAGCAACAAGUCAUGCAUUGCUAACAAUUGGUAGCAAGCUGGGAGUGAUAAUAUCUAUUCAUCAUCUCAAGGGGGAGUUUUGUAAUAUUGUUUAUACCUGUUAUUAGUUGUAUUCCAAACAAGGGAAGUUAUCUCUAGUCGUUUUCCUCCUAUGGUUGUGUAGAAAUAGUGAUAGAUUUAGGGUGUCUUGUACAGCUAAGCAUAGGUUGUAAUAUUUAUUUCUUUCCUUUUUUAGCAAUCUUGUACAUUGUAAUUUGCCUAUAUAUUGGCCUUUCUAUUCUUCAAUAAAAUCAGAUUAGAAGAAUUAAUCCCAGAACAACUACAUGGUUGUAAUAUAUAUUUCUUUCCUUUUUUAGCAAUCUUGUACAUUGUAAUUUGCCUAUAUAUUGGCCUUUCUAUUCUUCAAUAAAAUCAGAUUAGAAGAAUUAAUCCCAGAACAACUACAUGGUAUUAGAGCAUUUGUAGUCCAAAAAUUGGGAAACCUUUCCAAUUUUUUUUCUCUGCCAUUUCUUAAAAAAAAUUAGGGUUUCGUUCUUUGAGGCUCAAAGUUAGAAAUCUUUUUAGAGUUGUCUUCUAAUCUCACCUCCUGCCCAGAAAGAUUGCCCCACCUUCGAUCGACAAAACCCCAAAUCUCGUGGUCUAGAAGAGUGGCGCGUGAGUCACACGCGCCACUCCACGUCUUCUCCCACGCGCGCGUGUAGGCGCGUGACAACGCCGCCGGCCAUCUUUCUCCAGCGUCUUCCUCCUCGGCACUUCCUAUUGUGGUUGUGACUCUUCAUCUCAGGUUCUCCCACCAUUUCAUCAAAGAAUUGCAUUUUUGUGCCAAGUUUUUCCAUCUAUCUUGACUUCAUAAACAUCUUUUUUUCCGCUGCCCAUUCAUCAUGAAAAUCCAAUCUCCAAAUUUCAUGGCUCCUCCAUCUCAGCCAAUUAAUCUCAUAAAUUUGUUUCAACUUCAUGAGAGCCCUCUACCAACCAACUGUCACAAAGUCAGCCACAUCUCAAAGGAACAAAGUUUGCCACCUCUCAAAACACCUCCGAACCCUCUUCGACAAUUUUUGCAGUAGCUACAACCACAUACAAUCGAGGCAAACGUCAAUAUAAUGUGUCAUCAAAGUUCUUCAUUUCACACAUUUACUGCAUCCGCCAACAAAGGUCUUUGGAUAGUGGAUUCAGGAGCUUCCGACCACAUGACGGGUGAUUUACUAGUCUUCACCACCUUCAAACAAUGUGCUCAUUGCCCCACAGUCAGAAUUGCCGAUGGAUCCCUCUCAAAAGUGAUGGGGAGUGGUUUCAUAAAAUUAUCAGAUGAUCUUCUCCUUUCAUCUGUUCUAUUUGUCCCUAAAUUAAGUUGCAAUCUUCUCUCAAUAAGAAAACUCACAAGAGACUUGAAUUGUGUGACUAAAUUCUAUCCAAAUUUUUGUGAAUUUCAGGUUGUGGGCUCGGCAAAGGUGAUUGGCAGUGCUAAAAUGCAUGGACUCUAUAUUCUCAAGGAUUCUCCUAAAAGUAAACAAGUUCACAAAUCAAGUUGUGGUAACCAUUUAAAUUCUAUUUCUCAUUCUGUCUGUUUCGAAUGACAAUCUUAUCAUGUUGUGGCAUUUUCGACUUGGACAUCCAAAUUUUGGUUAUCUUGAAAAACUCUUUCCUCAGUUAUUUAUCCACAAACAACCAAAAUUCUUUCACUGUGAAGCCUGUCAACUUGCUAAACACACUCGAAACUCUUAUCCCAAUUUUUCUUACAAACCUUCAAAACCUUUUUCACUGAUACACAGUGAUAUUUGGGGACCCUCACGGGUAACAAAUAUCAAUGGAUCUAGAUGGUUCGUAUCCUUUAUCGAUGAUCACACUAGGACAACAUGGACCUUUCUCAUGAAAGAAAAAAUCAGAAACUGCUUCUGUCUUUCAAAAUUUCCAUUCCAUGAUUCAAAAUCAAUUCAACCAAAAAAUCCAAAUUAUGAAAACUGACAAUGGGAAGGAAUAUUUUAACUCCAUUCUUGGUCCAUACUUGUUAGAGCAAGAGAUUGUUCAUAUUAGUUCAUGUGUUGAUACUCCACUGCAAAAUGAGGUGGCUGAGAGAAAAAACAGACAUCUUCUUGAAGUUUCUAGGUCAAUCAUGCUUUCAAAUAAUGUUCCGAAACAGUUUUGGGGGGAAGCCGUACUCACAGCCACCUAUCUCGUAAAUCGUAUGCCUAGCUGAGUACUACAAUUCAAAACCCCAAGAAAUCUGUUACUCGCAACAUUCCCUCAUAUCUCAACUUUCUCCUCAAAUCUUCCACUCAAAGUCUUCGACUGUACUGCCUUUGUCCAUAUUUAUGAUCACAAAAGAACAAAGCUUGAUCCAAAGUCUCACAAAUGUCUCUUCAUCGGCUAUUCCAGCACUCAAAAGGGAUACAAAUGUUACUCCCCAGUUACAAAGAGGGUUAAAACACUAUGGAUGCCACCUUUUUUGAACACCAAUCUUUCUUUCCCAAACCUGGUAUUCAGGGGGAGCAUUCAAAGGAAUAUCAGAUUUGGGAAACUCUUCAUGAUCAUCAGGCUGCAUUUCUUCAACUCAAUGUCUUCACACAUGAACAUCAUCAAACUGCUCAACCCUUACUUGUGUUGUCACAGUCAACUGGUUCUCCCUUGCAUUCUUCUUUGCCUAUCCAACCAAAUCUCAGCCCAGAAAAUACAUCCAGCCCGUCCUCCUCACUUCCUAUAGUCAGUCCGACCUCAUUUUCCGUCGAUGAAAAUCCGAACACUCUCUCAAAUGUACCACCACUUCAAACUCAAGCACAAUUUGAUAUAGGUAACAAAGAACUUCGUGUUUAUAGCAGAAGAAAAGCUGGGAAUAUAGAGGUCAACAUGCAAGACAAGGACUGUUCAAACACUCAACCGAGCUCUCGCAACCUUGAAAAUCAUGAAGAUUCCUACAGACAUUUAUGAGGCCUUGAAAGAUCCUAAAUGGAAGAUUGCAGUCGAUGAAGAAAUCAAUGCUCUUGAGAAAAAUGGUACUUGGGUUCUCACCGAGUUACCUCAAGGAAAGCGGACAGUUGGUUGUAAGUGGAUUUUUACCGUCAAGUAUAACUCAGAUUGGAGUAUCAACAGAUUCAAGGCUCAGUUGGUCGCGAAAGGGUUCACUCAAUCAUAUGGUGUUGACUAUCAGGAGACCGUUGCUCCCGUCGCCAAGCUUAAUACAGUAAGAGUUUUGUUAUCACUUGCUGUAAAUUGUGAUUGGCCUUUAUAUCAGUUGGAUGUAAAAAUGCCUUCUUGAAUGGGGGACUCGAAGAAGAAGUCUAUAUGGAAAUUCCACUAGGGAUGAAAAAAUACUCCAAUGGUCGAGUAGUGUGCAAACUUCUCAAAUCUCUUUAUGGCUUGAAACAGUCACCUUGGGCAUGGUUUGAUAGAUUUGCAAAGAUAGUUAUUAAACAUGGAUAUACUCAAAGCCAGGCUGAUCAUACCCUGUUUGUUAAGUUCUCUUUAACAGGGAAGCUGACAAUUUUCAUUGUCUAUGUGGAUGACAUAAUCCCAACUGGAGACGAUUCAUGCGAAAUUUCAGAUCUCAAAAGACUUUUUGCCUCAGAGUUUGAAAUUAAAGAUUUAGGACCCCUCAAAUACUUUCUUGGAAUGGAAGUAGCCCGAUCCAAAGAUGGAAUUGUUAUAUCUCAAAGAAAGUAUAUUCUAGACCUUUUAAAAGAAAUUGGAAUGAUUGGAAGUAAGCCUGUUGACACUCCAAUGGAUCCAAACUUGAAAGCAAUUCGAAGUGAGGAUUCAACUCCAGUAGAGAGGGGGAGUUAUCAAAGAUUAGUGGGGAAACUAAUCUAUCUCUCUCAUACUAGACCUGAUAUCGCUUUCUCUGUUUGCGUGGUAAGCCAACACAUGCACAAUCCUUUCGAGGAGCAUUUGGAAGCAGUUCGUCGUAUUCUAAGAUAUUUAAAAAUGACACCAGGUCUUGGUUUGCACUUCAGAAAACACAACAAUCGAGACUUAGAAGUCUACACAGAUUCUAGUUGGGCUGGACAGCUGACCGACAGACGAUCAACCAGUAGUUAUUGCACCUAUGUAUGGGGUAAUUUAGUCAUUUGGCAAAGCAAAAAGCAGUCUGUGGUCUCAAGGAGUAGUGCAGAGUCAGAAUAUCGUGCUUUGGCCUUAGGUAUAUGGGAAGGAAUGUGGCUCAAAAGGCUAAUUAAUGAGUUGAGAAUUGACUCUCCUGAGUCAUUUAAGAUGUACAGUGAUAGUCAAGCUGCAAUCAACAUUGCUAAGAAUCCGGUUCACCAUGAUAGAACUAAACAUGUUGAAAUCGACCGACACUUCAUUUUUGAAAAAGUAAAUUCAAAGGUUAUUGAGCUCAACUACAUUCCCACAAAGAAACAGAUUGUCGACAUCCUAACAAAAGUCCUACCAAAAACGAGUUUUGAAGAAUUUAAUUCCAAGUUGGGUUUGUAUAACAUAUACAACACAACUUGAGGGGGAGUGUAGAAAUAGUGAUAGAUUUAGGGUGUCUUAUACAGCUAAGCAUAGGUUGUAAUAUUUAUUUUUUUAUUUUUUUAGCUAUCUUGUACAUUGUAAUUUGCCUAUAUAUUGGCCUUUCUAUUCUUCAAUAAAAUCAGAUUAGAAGACUUAAUCCCCAAAACAACUACAGGUUGUAUUAGGACUAAUAGAGGAUGCACAUUUUACUUUUACCAAAGACUUCUUACGAUAAGACAUCAAACGCAUUUGUCUACUAAUAUUACUAACAAUAUAUA